UGCUUCCAGAACAACAGAAAGAGGUAUGUCAUCAGAAAUCCAGAAGUAAAUGAUCUGUGCACUUUGACUCACUGCAGGAGUUCGUGAGUGUCUGGGUUCGAGACCCUAGGAUUCAGAAGGAGGACUUCUGGCAUUCUUAUAUCGACUACGAGAUAUGUAUUCAUACCAAUAGCAUGUGUUUUACAAUGAAAACAUCCUGUGUCCGAAGAAGAUACAGAGAAUUUGUGUGGCUGAGGCAGAGACUCCAAAGUAAUGCACUGCUGGUACAACUGCCAGAACUUCCAUCUAAAAACCUGUUUUUCAACAUGAACAAUCGCCAGCAUGUGGAUCAGCGGCGCCAGGGUUUGGAGGAUUUCCUCAGAAAGGUGCUGCACGACGCGCUGCUGCUCUCGGACAGCAGCCUGCACCUCUUCCUGCAGAGCCACCUGACCUCCGACGACAUCGAGGCCUGCGUGUCGGGGCAGACCCGGUACUCCGUGGAGGACGCCAUCCGCAAGUUCGCCCUGAUGAACAGGCGCUUCCCCGAAGAAGACGAGGACGGGAAAGGCGAGCCCCACGCGGGUCACGGUCCCCAGAGUUCAUCCUCUGGGUUUGGACACAGUCGCGAUGACAGCAGUUCACACGGGUGUAAAAUGAGCCCGGCUCCGCAGGAAUCCCGAAAAAAAAAGAAUUCCAGUGUGACCAUCGGAGGAACAGCAAAUUAUGUCCAGUCGUAGAGAAGAAAGCUCGCUAAUGACAUACUCUUACCUAAAGCUCACUGUCAUGCUAUUAGGUAUUUAAAUUCUUCAAGACGCUGGAUUAUUAGUGCUGUUUUUAUGUUGUGUUAUUUUGGCUAAGAAGCUAAAAGCCUGUGAUUGCAACACUCUCCUUUAUAGGCAAACAUUAUUGGUAAGACAAGAUCCUGCCCUCAAAUGAAAUGGUUUACAUGUUUAAAAAAAAAAUCCUGGUUGGUUUUACUGAAUUUGAAAAGACGAGUAAGUAGGUAGCAUUUAAAAUCUAGAAAGAGGAUUCCUUCUGUGUCAAUGGGCAGUGUCGCUGCAAACACAGCACGUAUGAGCUGAGCCACUAUGAAACUGACAGCCUAGGCCCGACCGUCUCGUUCAGACAUGUGGCUGAUAUUUUACGGGUCCCUCCCCUGCACUGGGGAAGCACUUUGCUUUUGGGUGUUUGAAAUAUUUUAAGAGUGUCGAACCUUUCCAGUAUUCUAUUUCACACUUAGAUGGGAAGGUAUCUUAUGAAUAGAGACACGGUAAAAUAAUGUUUACGUCUUAGACAAAACAGAAAUAGGCUAGUAACUUUGCUUAUAUAUUUGCAAUAUAUCGAUUCAGAAAUACAGUUUCCUUGUCCAAAAUCAGCUUUAACACAUGGUUUCCGGAGACAAAUCAUUUGUUUUCAUUAUCACUGUGUAACUAGAAUUACAGGUUCAUGAUUUAUUUUCUGACUAAAUGUGCAACUUCCUAUCACUAGAUAACUUUGUCAGUGGUGGUUACUUGUUACUUAGCUUUAAGUGAGAAGUAGGACCUUAUAAAAAUAAAUUUAAUGUUACCAAUAAGUAUUCCCAUAAUUUAGAAAAGGAUACCAACUUGUUAAUUUCAGAAUUAUUCAUUUUUAAAAAGCCCUUUCUUUUUAGGUAUCUGCCAGAGAAUUGGUAUAACUUAAUAUAAUUUAAUAAAAUCUUACUAUUUUUUUUUUUGUGGCCCAAAGAGAAAAUGUCUUAAACUACAUUGAACUUCAAAUUUCAGAUGACGCAGCAUUUUCUUGAGAUAAUUAUCCAGGUUUCUUCCCUGUUGAAUGGUGCAAAAUACCUCUGAAACUAACAGGAAGGUAUUUUUACAUAACUGGGAUAACUUGUUGCUUUAAAUGUGACCUCACUUCAUUUUAAUUAGGAGUUUAAAAGUUUCCAUAUUAUUAAAAAGCCUUUGAAAUGCUUGUAACUAAGAAGCAAUAGAAAAAAAUUAAAUUUAGAAGAAGAAUAAUGUCCAUAAUUUCUCAUUUCUGUUUUUUGUUUUUUUGGUUUGGUCUAAAACAUUAUUUAACUUAUUAUGUAAAUAUUCUGAUUUAACGUAUUGGAUCUUGUUACUUUAUCAUCUAAGACUCAUUAUUUUAAUACAGAAAAAAAGAGGUUUAGCAAUUUCUUUUUAUCUUGCCAACAUGUAAAGUUUACCAUCCUGUCUUUUAAGAGCUAGCCCCAGCUCCUCUGCGAUAUGUAUUUGAAUUCACAUUAUUUCUGUUUUUCAGUAGUUUUGAAAAGCAUGUAAUAUAUGCCACCAAUUGUCACAUUAUCUAUAGAGGAUGUAAACAGCCACCAAAAUGCAUAUUAAGUAAUGCUUAACACUGUGGUAUGCAAACUUCACGAGGUCAUCGUUUUCACAUUAAACAUGAAAAAAAUCUA